AGCCUAAUAAGAAACGACAGUCAGUAAGAUUUAUUUGGCUGGCGAGCAAAGGCAUCAAUUUCUGAAACUGAAACUGUUCAGCCUACGAAACACACAAAUUGCCCACAAAUUGUGAAAAUUGUGAAUUGUAAGCAGAGAUUUAAGCAGAUACAACAAAGAUACAGCCAAGAUACAACAAAGAAGAUGCUGCGUUCACUUGGAGUGCGUCUGCCAGGAGCAGCGGGAACAGCUCUCAAGCUGGCCACAGCACAGACAAAAGCAUCAUCAUCGAGUGCCAUGAUGAUGAUGAUGAUUCGUCGCGGUGCACACAACAGUCAAUACGAUGCAACACGCUUGAUGGGCGGCGAACGUGAAGUUGUUGGCUAUGGCAUCAAUGGAUCCCCAAUUUACAUUGACUGCGCCGACUUUCCGUUUCCGGCCAUUCGCUACGGCGAAGUGUCGCCGGAGAGUUGUGCACUGCGCGAAAAGGAGCAGGGCGAUUGGAAGAAACUUUCGAUCGAGGAGAAACGCAGUCUCUAUCGCCACAGCUUCUGUCAGACUUAUGCCGAGUUUCAGCACUUCACUCCCGAAUGGAAACUUGUGAUUGGCGUCGCUCUCUGGGCGGUGGCCAUCGGCAUUUUGGGCAGCAUUAUCUAUAGCAUUCGCUUGGAUCGCCUCACCCCGGAGACCUUUGACGAGGAUCGUCGUCAGGCUCAACUGCGUCGCAUGAUCCAUCUCCAGGUGCAGCCCAUCACUGGCCUCUCUUCCAAGUGGAACUACGAGACCAACAAGUGGAAGUAGUUUUGUAGUAUGAAAUGACACUAGAAUGAAAUGCUGCUACACUACAAAUCUCACACGAUGUCAAAACACAUUCACUAUAUCACGAUCUUGAUACACGUUCCACUUCGAAACUGUAUUAAAUGUCAUUCACAUUAGCAA